GCCUCUCUGUCUCUGUUUCUUUGCUGCUUUAUUCCAGCAGGUUAAUCAUAGUCUUUGCCUAUUUAGGAGAGUAGCUUCAGAACCUCAGACUGUGGCUCAACGGCACAUGGGCAGUAUAAUAGUAACUAGAACCUACAACCAGUUUCUCAGUGCUAACACGGCCUCAGUGGACAGAUGGCCGAUCCAGACUCUCAGGCUCCCGUUAAGGUUUCACAGAGGAAACGAGUGUCUAUCGUUCCCCCUGCGGUCAGCCCUGAUCCCGGCCUGGACGGGCACCAGUUGGUCGCAGAACGGAACCGUGGUCGUGGGCUGGACAAUCAGGAUGGGCCUGGGGAAGAUGGAGAGGAGGACGAAGGAGCCAGACUCCAAGCACCAGCGCUCAACCUCCGCAGAGACUCGACCGCCAGAGUCUACAGACGCGUUGGAGACCAGGACCUCACAGCCCUCGAGCUGAUGUCUUCCCCCACGUCUGUCCCCCCAACGACCGCAGGCAGCACGGUGUCGGCUAAAAAGACGAUGCUGCUGUCCAACGAGGCGAGGAAGGAGAUGGUGAAGCAAGCGAGGGCCCUGAAGGAGGAGCGACGAGCAGCAUUGGAUGCUCGACACCGAUACCUGGUGGGCAGGUUGGCCAGCGCCGUGGGCCUGGGGGAGCAGGAGGUGGAGGACGCCCUCCUCUCUGAUGAGAAGUUCAGUGUCAUCGAUGAAUUCUUUGCUGCACAUGGAUCCAGGAAGCUGAUUUUCUUCUAUCAGCAUGUGAACAAGAGUCUUUCCUCCAGUUUUUCAUCGUCCUCAGCAGUGACACAGAAGAAACUCUUCCUCACCACAGGGACGUCAGAGCCUUUACUGGGGAAGUGUCUGUUCUUCUUGAGAACCACGGACAAGCCCAUAACCACCGCUAACGUACAGCAGGAAGUGAAUUUUGGUUUGCUGGACGCCAGCGAUGGAGGCAUCCUGAGCAGCCUGGAGACGCUGAUGGCUCAGGUCAUGUUACCGGCCCUCAAGUCUCAGCAGACGUGGGGUCCUGCUCAGGAGGACGCUUCCAGUCCAUUCGUCCAGUCCUUCCUGUCGUCAGUGGACCAGUUCGUCACUAAUCUGAACUCAGCCAGAGCCAACAUCGACACCCAGUUCCAGCUGCAGCAGGUCGAUCUGCCUGAUGAAAUCAGUCAGCUGAGCUGCCCUGCGGACUACACCUGUGCAGCCAAUAACAGCGAGCUGGUGGGGCAUCUGGAGGGUGUGGCCUCAGUGUGGACCAAUCAGAUCAAGCAGGUGCUGACAGAGAGCGAGCAGAUGAGGAAGGAGGCGGACGAUGUGGGACCAUCAGCAGAGCUGGAGCAUUGGAAGAGACGCUUGGUCACCUUCAGCAGUCUGAUGGAGGCAGUGAAGCGUCCUGAGGUGAAAAGGACUCUGGGAGUUCUUCAGGUGGCCAAGUCCAGAGUCCUGCGAACCUGGAGAGAGCUGGACAGAGACAUCACCGUUGUGGCCAACGAGGCCAAAGACAACGUCAAGUAUCUCUCCACGCUGGACAAAUUCUUCAGACCUCUGGAGAAAUGCUCUCCGACCAACAUGCUGGAGCACGUUCCUGGCCUGAUGACCAGUGUCCGGAUGAUCCACAGCGUGUCUCAGUACUAUAACACCUCAGAGAGGAUGACCUCUCUGCUGCUCAAGGUCACCAACCUGAUGAUCAGCACCUGCAGGAGCUACCUGUCGCAUGGCGUGGCCCGGAUCUGGGACCACAGCAGGCCGGAGCUGCUGCAGAAAAUCUCUACGUGUUGCCAUCUGAACAACCAGUACCAGAGGAGCUUCCAGACGGUCCGAGAUGAGCUGAGACAGCGCCCUGAGGACAGACAGUUUGACUUCAGUGAGAACUACAUCUUCGGGAAGUUUGACGCUUUCUGCAGGCGGCUGGAGAAAAUCGCUGACAUGGCGUCAACGAUGGAGAGUCUGGCUGCUCUGCAGCACAUGAAGGUCGAGGGUGUGGAGAACAUUUAUGUUCGCUACCAAAACAUUGUGACUACGACGAAGUCUAGGAGCUACGACGUGCUGGACCACCGCAGGCUGGAGUUUGACAGUGACUAUGCAGAGUUCCAGCUCCAGGUCCAGGCCCUGUUCCAAUCUCUCCGGUCGCUGCUGGACUUCUGGUUCCGUCAGUCUCUCACUACCGAACGGAUGCUAGAACUGCUGGCCGUGUUUGAGUCGGGUCCGACGGCUUGUUUGGACCUGAAGCAGCACUACCAGCUGCUGCUGCAGCGUUACGGCCGAGAGCUGGAGCAGCUCAAGAAGACCUACCAGAAGCAGAGCGAGCGGCCGCCCAUCGGACGCAACCUGCCGCCGGUGGCGGGUCGGAUCCUGUGGUGCCGUCAGAUGUUCAGGAAGACAGAAGCUCCCAUGUUGAUCCUUAAGAAGAAGCUUGACGAGCUUAAGGGACCAGAGAUGAGUAAAGUGAUCCAGAGCUACAAUAAGCUGGCGACGGUGCUGCUGCAGUAUGAGGUGCUGCAGCUGCACGGCUGGAGUCAGGCCGCAGAGAGAGCCUCACACUUCCUCAGCGCUGCCCUCCUGGUCCGACACGAGCACAGCCAGGAGGUCCUUGUGAACCUGGACCCAGCGGUGCUGGAGGUGCUGGCAGAAGCCAGGUGGAUGACCAAACUGGGGCUGGCGGUGCCAAACGUGGUUGUGAAGAUGAUGCGAAGAGAAGCUGGAGUCAGAGCUCUGUCCCAGCGGCUGCUGCAGCUGCUUCAGGACUACGGUUCGGCCGUAGCCAGGAUUCCUCCUCUCCUCCUGCCUCUGGUGCAGCCGUUCAUCAGCAGAGUGGAGGCGUCUCUGUCUCCUGGACUCACCACCCUGUCCUGGACCGCUCUCAACACCCAUGAAUUCGUAGACGAGGUGUAUGUGGCUCUGGACGAACUGGACCAGGUGGCCAGAGUCUCGACAGACGUGCUGAAGUGCCGCGUGGAGCGGCUGCUUCAGGCCAUGUCGUCCUGCCGCCUGCUGCUCCUGCCUGAAGACUCUCCGCUGCCACCGCUGGAGCUGCUGCAGCAGACGGAGCACGCAGCACAAGCUGCUGCCGUCACUCUGAAGCGGCAGAGUCAGCAGGUGGAGACGUACGUGAUGGAGCUGAUCGAGGAGCUGAAGAGGAAGAUGAAGCCGACAGACGCGGUUAAUCUGGAGGGGUCCUUCCAGUGUCUGCAUCCUGACUCCAAGCAGAAGACUCGCUGUCAGUCCUGUCUUCCCUGUCGGUUCUACAACCUGAUCGGCCAACUCUGCCACCGCAACACAGAAGCCCUGGUCAAAGCCACCAAAUCCUCCUUGGAUGCUUUGAGGAGAAGACUCCACGUCCUCAAAUACCAGCCAGCCUCCUCCUACAGCAGCCCAUCACCUCCUCCUUUGUUCAGGGCCUCCAUCCAGCUCUCCAUCCCCAACAUCGUCCUCAGACCCAGUCUGGAUGACAUUCAGACUACUCUGAACAAGCUGGUGAACGUGCUAUUGUCGGUGACCAGAGACAUUCCUCUGUGGACUUACUCUCACCUGCAGUACAAGCAGCAGCAGGUGGAGCAGGCAGCAGUUCGCGACGCAGGAGACGACAUCCUGGUGAAGCCGCCGGUGCUGAGGCCUCUGGACCGACAGCUGGCCGAGCACAAAGACAUCACCAAGUUGGUGAUUCAGCUCAGCUCCAUCGUCUCGUCUCUCAGACCUCAGGCCGCCGACACCCUGAAUGAGUUUGCUCACUUUUCCUCCCUGUGGAACCAGGACCCAGAGGAGCAGGUGAAGUCCUUCCUCCAGUCUGACCCCUCACUCACUGAGUUCAGCUCUCAGAUCUCCUCCUACUCUAGGUUGGAGGUGCAGAUUUCUGAGCUCCCGUCCUUCUGCACCGUGGGCUCCAUCGUCUUUGAUACCGAGCAGCUGAAGCUGGGGCUCACUCAGGAGAGUCGUCUGUGGAAACGGGCCUUCGGGUCUGCUCUCAACCAUCGGGCCUCGGCCGACAUGGAGGAGAUCUUCUCGUUCGUGGACAAACUGACGAGGCAUCUGCAGCGUCCCAUCACAGACCUGGAGGACGUGCGAGGAGCCAUGGCAGCGCUCAGAGAGGUUCGGGAGGCGGAGGUUCGCAUCGACGCCACCAUUGGCCCGGUGGAAGAAUCCUUUGCUCUGCUCAACAAACAUGAACUACACUUUAAUGAUGGGAACGCUGAGCGUGUGGAUGGUCUGAUGUACGCCUGGAACAACCUCAAUGCCCUGGUAGUGCAGAACCAGAACAGUCUGGUUGAGAUGCAGCCCAGCAUGAAGGCAGACCUGCUGUCUUCAGUCCAGACCUUUCAGGCCCACGUCCAGAGCUUCUGUUCGGCCUACAACAACAAGGGGCCGGGGCAGGAGGGCGUGUCUCCAGUCGAGGCCAGCGACCGGCUGCAGAGCUUCCAGGCAGAGUUUGAUCAGCUGUGGAGGAAGUACAUCACCUACUCUGGAGGAGAGCAGCUGUUCGGGCUGCCUGUUACCGAGUACCCAGAGCUGCAGAGGAUCAAGAGAGAACUGUCCUUGUUGUCCAAGCUCUACACUUUGUAUAACUCGGUCAUUGACAGCGUCACUGGUUACUAUGACAUCCUGUGGGCCGACCUCAACAUUGAGAAGAUUAACACUGAGCUGCAGGACUUUCAGAACAGAAUCCGGAAGCUUCCAAAAGCGCUGAAGGAGUGGCAGGCCUUCAGAGAUCUGAAGAGAACCAUCGAUGACUUCACUGAGACCUGCCCUCUGCUCUACAUGAUGGCCAACAAGGCCAUGCUGCCCAGACACUGGACGCGUAUCAGUGAGCUGACUGCUCACAGCUUCCAGGUGGAGUCGGAGAGUUUCUCCCUCAGAAACAUAAUGGAGGCGCCGCUCCUCAAACACAAAGAGGACGUGGAGGAUGUUUGUAUCAGCGCUGUGAAGGAGCGAGACAUCGAGGCCAAGCUCAGGGACGUGGUGGCCGAGUGGAGCAGCCACACGCUCACCUUCGCCACCUUCAGGACCAGAGGAGAACUGCUGCUGAAAGGAGCCGAGACCGCAGAGAAAAUCUCCAUGAUGGAGGACAGUCUGAUGGUGCUGGCGUCCCUGCUCAGCAACAGGUACAACGCUCCAUUCAAGCCGUCCAUCCAGCUGUGGGUGCAGAAACUCUCCAACACCUCUGAGACCAUCGAGAAGUGGUUGUCGGUUCAGAACCUCUGGAUCUACCUGGAGGCCGUGUUUGUGGGCGGAGACAUCGCCAAACAGCUCCCUCAGGAGGCCAAGCGCUUUCAGAACAUCGACAAGUCGUGGCAGAGGAUCAUGCAGCGAGCCCACGAGGUUCCCAACGUGGUUCAGUGCUGCGUGGGAGACGAGAUGCUCAGCCAGUUGCUUCCUCACCUGCUGGAGCAGCUGGAGCUCUGUCAGAAGUCUCUAUCCGGGUACCUGGAGAAGAAACGCUUGGUGUUUCCUCGUUUCUUCUUCGUGUCUGACCCUGCUCUACUGGAGAUUCUGGGCCAGGCCUCUGACUCACAUACUAUACAGGCUCAUCUACUGAGUCUGUUCGACAACGUUAACAGAGUUGUUUUCAAUGAGAAACUCUACGACCAGAUCAUCAGUUUUCAGUCUCAAGAAGGAGAAACUGUGAACCUCGGUCAACCUGUCAUGGCUCAGGGGAAUGUGGAGAUGUGGUUAGGACAGCUUCUAGCUGGUGUGAGGCAGACCCUACAUGCCAUCAUCCGUCAGGCCCACCAGGCCGUCAGCGACCCGGGUCUGAAGCUGCUGGACUUCCAGUCUGCAUAUCCAGCUCAGGUCGGCCUGCUUGGAAUUCAGAUGCUCUGGACCAGAGAUGCAGAAGAUGCGCUGACCCUUAGCAAGUCUGACAAAAAGAUCAUGCACACAACAAACCAGAAGUUCCUGGACCUCCUCAACGAGCUGAUCGACAUGACGACCAGAGAGCUGAGCAAGAAUGAGAGGACCAAAUAUGAGACGCUCAUCACCAUCCACGUCCACCAGAGAGACAUCUUUGAUGAGCUGGUGCGACUAAACAUACGUUCUGCGUCAGACUUUGACUGGCAAAAACAGUCAAGGUUUUACUUCUUGGAGGAUGCAGACAGAUGUGUCAUCCAGAUCACAGAUGUUGAGUUCAUCUACUGCAACGAAUACCUGGGCUGCACGGACAGACUGGUCAUCACACCACUGACUGACAGGUGUUACAUCACUCUGUCCCAGGCUCUGGGGAUGAGCAUGGGAGGGGCUCCGGCUGGACCAGCAGGAACAGGUAAGACAGAAACCACAAAAGACAUGGGUCGCUGUCUGGGGAAGUAUGUGGUGGUGUUCAACUGUUCAGACCAGAUGGACUAUCGAGGACUGGGACGCAUCUACAAAGGCCUGGCCCAGUCUGGAGCUUGGGGCUGCUUUGACGAGUUCAACCGCAUCGAGCUGCCGGUUCUGUCCGUAGCCGCUCAGCAGAUCUACAUCGUCCUCCAGUGUAAGAAGAACAAGAAGAAACAGUUUAUCUUCACAGACGGAGACGUGGUUGACAUGGACCCUGAGUUUGGCAUCUUCCUCACUAUGAACCCUGGGUACGCGGGUCGUCAGGAACUACCUGAAAACCUGAAGAUUCAGUUCCGCACCGUGGCCAUGAUGGUCCCUGACCGAGCUAUCAUAAUGAGGGUCAAACUGGCCAGUGCUGGUUUCCGUGACAACCAGGUUCUCAGCAGGAAGUUCUACACCCUGUACAAGCUGUGUGAGGAGCAGCUCUCCAAACAGGUCCAUUACGACUUUGGUCUGAGGAACAUCUUGUCAGUUUUGAGGACACUGGGAGCCGUGAAGAGAUCCAACCCGUCGGAAGCAGAGAAGACUGUGGUGAUGAGGGUCCUCAGAGACAUGAACCUUUCCAAACUGGUGGACGAGGACGAACCUCUGUUCAUGAGCCUGAUCAACGAUCUGUUCCCUGGCAUCGUUCUGGAUAAAGCAGGGUAUCCAGACUUGGAGGCUUCUAUCUGCAGUCAGGCUCAGCAGGCUGGUCUGAUCCCUCACCCCCCCUGGAUCCUCAAACUGGUUCAGCUCUAUGAGACGCAGAGGGUCAGACAUGGUAUGAUGGCUCUGGGGCCCAGCGGCGCCGGGAAGACGACCUGCAUCCACACGCUGAUGAAGGCCAUGUCAGACUGCGGCUCUCCCCACCGUGAGAUGAGGAUGAACCCCAAGGCCAUUACAGCCUCGCAGAUGUUUGGCACACUGGACGUCACCACCAACGACUGGACCGACGGCGUCUUCUCCACCCUGUGGAGGAGGACUCUCAAAGCCAAGAAGGGGGAGCACGUCUGGAUUGUACUGGACGGUCCGGUCGACGCCAUAUGGAUCGAGAAUCUGAACUCUGUUCUGGACGACAAUAAGACUCUGACACUGGCCAACGGAGACCGAAUCCCCAUGGCUCCCUGCUGCAAGGUCGUCUUUGAGCCCCACAACAUCGACAACGCGUCCCCUGCCACUGUGUCCAGGAACGGGAUGGUGUUCAUGAGCUCCUCUGUGCUCGGCUGGAGUCCCAUUCUGCAGGCCUGGCUACAGACACUACCAGAACAGCAGGCGGACGCCCUGAGACGCUGCUUCACCUGCUGCUACCAGGACCUGUUGGACUUUGUCUCCACGGCUGUGGCUCCUAAGAUGCAGGUGCUGGAGUGUAUGUACAUCAGACAGACCAUCGACCUGCUGCAGGGUUUGCUCCCAGCUGUGGAGGACAAACAGGGUUGCCAUGGUAACGUGGGACGACUGUUUGUGUUUGCUGUCAUGUGGUCUCUCGGGGCGCUGCUGGAGCUGGAUGAUCGAGCCAAAAUGGAGGCCUUCAUCAAGGGCCACGGCUCUGAUCUGGACCUGCCACACACUCAGGAUGACCAGACCAUGUUUGAGUUCACCGUUAGUGAGCAGGGCGAGUGGGAGCACUGGUCCAACAAGGUCCCAGAGUACGUCUACCCCAGAGACCACGUCCCCGACUACUCGUCCAUCCUGGUUCCCAACGUGGACAAUGUGAGGACGGACUUCCUAAUGCAGACCAUCAUGAAGCAGAGGAAGGCUGUGCUGCUGAUUGGGGAGCAGGGAACUGCUAAGACCGUGAUGGUGAAGGGCUACACAAGCGGGCUCAACCCCGAGCUCCACCUCAGCAAGACAGUGAACUUCUCCUCAGCCACGCUGCCCAGCAUGUUCCAGAGAACCAUGGAGAGCUACAUCGAUAAGCGGAUGGGCGCCACCUACGGGCCGCCGGCCGGGCGCAGGAUGACUGUCUUCAUCGACGACAUCAACAUGCCGGUUAUCAAUGAGUGGGGAGACCAGAUAACCAAUGAGAUUGUGCGUCAGCUGAUGGAACAAGGAGGCUUCUACAGUUUAGAUCGUCCAGGAGAGUUCAUCACCGUGGUGGACGUCCAGCUGGUGGCGGCCAUGAUCCACCCCGGUGGCGGUCGGAAUGACAUCCCUCAGCGUCUGAAGAGGCAGUUCUCCAUCUUUAACUGCACCCUGCCCUCCAACUCCUCCAUUGAUAAGAUCUUUGGCACCGUGGCUCAGGGGUAUUUCUGCCCAGAGAGAGGCUUCCCGGCUGAGGUCUGCCAACUGGCCGCUGCCCUCGUUCCCACCACCAGGAGAGUGUGGCAGGCGGUGAAGGCCAGGAUGCUGCCGUCUCCUGCUAAGUUUCACUACAUCUUCAACCUGAGGGACCUGAGCCGCAUUUGGCAGGGCAUCCUGACGGUGAAGUCUGAGGUAUGUCAGGACCCGUGGCUGCUCUCUGCUCUUUUCCAUCAUGAGUGUAGCCGAGUAAUCGCCGACCGGUUCAUCGACAGCAGCGACAGGUUCACGUUCAGCGACAUCAUACAGAAGAUCACAGCAGAGGAUCAUGGGAAGGCCCUGACUGAGCAUGCUCAGUGGGACAGCUGCUUUGUGGACUUCCUGCGUGAAGCUCCAGAGGUGACGGGUGAAGAACCUGAAGACACAGAGCUGGAGGCGCCGAAGGUGUACGAACCAAUCCCGUCUCUGGAUGCUCUGGCAGAGCGUCUGUCUGUGUUCCAGCAGCAGUACAACGAGGCAGUGAGAGGUGGAACCAUGGACCUGGUCUUCUUUAAGGAUGCAAUGACGCACCUGAUGCGCAUCUCACGAAUCCUGAGGACGCCACAGGGGAACGCCCUGCUGGUCGGGGUCGGGGGCUCUGGGAAGCAGAGCCUGACGAGGCUGGCGUCAUUCAUCGCAGGCUACCAAACCUUCCAGAUCACUUUGACCAGGUCAUACAGCAGCAGCAACCUGCUGGAGGAUCUGAAGGCUCUGUAUCGCAUCGCUGGUCAGCAGGGGAAAGGAGUCACCUUCCUCUUCACGGACAAUGACAUCAAGGACGAAGCGUUUCUGGAAUACAUGAACAACGUUCUGGCCAGCGGUGAAGUUUCCAACCUGUUUGCUCGUGAUGAGCUGGACGACAUCAUGCAGGAUCUGGUUGCUGUGAUGAAGCGGCAGCAGCCUCGCCGACCUCCCACCCCAGAAAACCUCUACGACUUCUUCCUGUCCCGAGUGCGGAGCAACCUCCACGUCGUCCUCUGCUUUUCACCUGUGGGGGAAAAGUUUCGGACUCGUGCCUUGAAGUUCCCAGGUCUGAUUUCGGGCUGCACCGUGGACUGGUUCCAGCGCUGGCCCCGGGACGCCCUGGUGGCUGUUUCACACCACUUCCUGUCUCAGUACCAGGACCUUCGCUGCUCAGACGCCGUAAAGCAAAGCGUGGUUGUGGCCAUGGGAGCCUUCCAGGACCUGGUGGCGGAGAAAUGUGGAGAAUACUUUGAGCGUUUCCGUCGCCAAACGUUUGUGACGCCAAAAUCGUACCUGUCAUUCAUCGACAGCUACAAGAUCAUUUACACAGAGAAGGUUGCUUAUGUGGGCACGUUGGCAGAGCGCAUGAGGACAGGUCUUUGUAAACUAAUGGAAGCAGAGCAGUCGGUGUCUCAGCUCUCUGAGGAGCUGGUGGUGAAAGAGCAGGAGCUGGCUGUCGCCUCCCAGAAGGCAGACGAGGUCCUGCAGGAGGUGACGGCCAAGGCUCAGGCUGCUGAGAAGGUGAAGCAGCAGGUCCAGAAGGUGAAGGACAAAGCUCAGCUUAUUGUUGACGAGAUUGAAGCUGAUAAAAGUGUCGCCGAGUCCAAACUGGAGGCUGCCAAACCGGCGCUGGAGGCUGCUGAGGCUGCACUGCAGACCAUCAAACCAGGAGACAUCGCUACGGUGAGAAAACUGCAGAAACCUCCCCAUCUCAUCAUGAGGAUCAUGGAUGCUGUGCUGCUGCUGUUCCAGAGGAAGAUUGACACAGUGACAGUUGACCCUGAGCGACCGUGUGUACGACCUUCGUGGACUGAGGCCAUGAAGCUGAUGCAGAACUCGUCCUUCCUUAGCAUGUUGCUCCACUUCAGCAAGGACACCAUCACAGAGGAGGUGGUAGAGCUGCUCGCUCCGUACCUGGAAAUGGACGACUACAACUUGGAGUCGGCAAAACGCAACUGUGGCAACGUGGCCGGGCUCUGCUCCUGGACCGAGGCCAUGGUCGACUUCUUCGGCAUCAACAAGGAGGUUCUGCCUCUGAAGGCCAACCUGACACUGCAGGAGGCCCGUCUGGUGGUCGCUCAGGCUGAACUGGCCAAAGCUCAAGAGCAGCUGGAUGAAAAACAACAAGAACUAGAUGCUGUGCAGGCGCUUUAUGACGCCGCCAUGAAGGAGAAGCAGGACCUGGAGGAUGACGCCCAGGCCUGUCGCCGCAAAAUGGCCAAUGCCAAAACUCUGAUCGAUGGACUGGGAGGAGAGAAGGUCCGUUGGACGGACAGCAGCGCAGGCUUCCAGACCCAGAUCAAGCACCUGGUUGGAGACGUGCUGCUGUCCACAGGGUUUCUGUCCUACGCUGGGCCUUUCAACCAGGAGUAUCGCAGCCUCCUGCUGGAAUUGUGGAAGAACGAGAUGGAGGAGAAGAAGAUCCCCUUCAGUCCUGACCUGAACGUGACUGGUCUGCUGGUGGACAAUGCCACCGUGAGCGAGUGGAACCUGCAGGGUUUACCCAGCGAUGACCUGUCCAUCCAGAACGGCAUCGUGGUGACAAAGGCGUCCCGCUACCCUCUGCUGAUAGACCCACAGGGCCAAGGCAAGACGUGGAUCCGGAACCGAGAGAGAGACAAGCAGCUCCAGGUGACGUCUCUGAACCAUAAAUACUUCCGUGCUCACCUGGAGGACAGUUUGUCUCUGGGUCGGCCGCUUCUGCUGCAGGAUGUAGGGGAGGAACUGGAUCCCGUCCUGGACAACAUACUAGACAAGAACUACAUCAAGUCUGGGUCUACUUAUAAGGUCAAGGUAGGAGAUAAAGAGGUGGAUGUGAUGAAGGGCUUCGCCCUUUACAUCACAACCAAACUGGCCAAUCCAGCGUACAGCCCCGAGGUCAGCGCCAGGACGGCCGUGGUGGACUUCACCGUGACCCAGCGAGGCCUGGAGGACCAGCUGCUGGGACGAGUCAUCCUGCUGGAGAAACAGGAGCUGGAGGCAGAGCGAGUGAAGCUCCUGGAGGAGGUGACGUCAAACAAAAGGAAGAUGCAGGAGCUGGAGGACAGUCUGCUGUUCCGGCUGACCAGCACUCAGGGCUCCCUCGUCGAGGACCAGUCUCUCAUUGAGGUGCUGCGCGUCACCAAGACCACGGCUCAGGAGGUGAGUGAGAAGUUGUCGGUUGCUGCGGAAACAGAGAUGAAGAUCAACCACGCCAGGGAGGAGUACCGGCCGGUGGCCACCAGGGGGAGCAUCCUCUACUUCCUGAUCGUGGAGAUGUCGCUGGUGAACAUCAUGUACCAGACGUCACUGCGACAGUUCCUGGGGCUGUUCGACUCCUUCCUGCAGAACUCAGCCAAGUCACAGCUCACGUCUAAACGCAUCAGCAACAUCAUCAGCUUCCUCACCUACCAGGUCUACUGCUACACAGCCAGAGGCCUCUAUGAGGAACACAAACUUCUGUUCACUCUGCUCCUGGCCCUCAAGAUCGACCUGCAGGCAAAAAGCAUCUCUCACCCUGAGGUGCUCACCUUCAUCAAAGGUGGAGCUUCUCUAGAUCUGAACUCUGUAGAAGCCAAGCCACGGCGCUGGAUCCUGGAUCAGACCUGGCUCAACCUGGUGCAGCUUUCCAGCCUGCAUCCAUUCACUCAGAUCCUGACUCAGGUGAGCCAGAACGAGCGUUCCUGGAGAACCUGGUUCGACCACCCAGCCCCGGAAGACGCCGUGCUGCCCAAUGGCUAUGAGGAAAAACUCAACAUUUUCCAGAAGCUUCUGCUCAUCCGGAGUUGGUGUCCGGACCGAACCAUUGCUCAGGCGCGACGCUACAUCGCAGAGUCUCUGGGUCAGCAGUAUGCAGAAGGCUUGGUCCUGGACCUGGAGGCUCUAUUGACCGAGAGUGACAGCAGGACACCGAUGGUCUGUCUGCUGUCGAUGGGCUCUGACCCGACUGAGAACAUAGAGCGACUGGCAAAGAGCAAGGGGGCACCAUGUCGCCCCAUCUCCAUGGGGCAGGGCCAGGACGUUCAUGCUCGCAGGCUACUGGCCAACAGCAUGACUGACGGCGGCUGGCUCCUCCUCCAGAACUGUCACCUGGGACUGGACUUCCUGGACGAGCUGCUGGAGACAGUCACCAUGGCAACGGCGGAGAGCGUGCACAAAGGUUUCCGGGUUUGGCUGACGACCGACGUGCAUCCAAGGUUUCCCAUCGCCUUCCUACAGUCAUCCAUCAAGUUUACCAACGAACCUCCUCUUGGAAUGAAGGCUGGUCUGAAGAGGACCUUUAGCAGCGUCACUCAGGAUCAGCUGGAGAUCAGCAGCUUGCCUCAGUGGAAGCCUCUGCUCUACGCCGUAGCCUUCCUACACACCACUGUCCAGGAGCGUCGUAAGUUUGGUCCUCUCGGUUGGAACAUCCCCUACGAGUUCAACCAGGCAGACUUUACCUCCAGCAUGCAGUUUGUCCAGAACCACCUGGACGACCUGGACUCAAAGAGAGGCGUAAACUGGAACUGCCUGCGCUACAUGCUGGGUGAGGUCCAGUACGGCGGCCGAGUGACUGACGACCUGGACAAACGCCUCCUCAACACCUUCACGCGCGUCUGGUUCAGCGAGAGCACGUUCAGUGAAAGCUUUUACUUUUACAAGGGCUACAGCCUCCCCAGCAAGACCAAGACGGUCCAGGACAUCCUGCAGCACAUCGAGGCUCUGCCGCUGGUCGACUCGCCCGAGGUGUUUGGACUCCACCCUAACGCUGACAUCACCUAUCAGACCAACCUGGCCAAUGACACGCUGAGCACCAUUAUCAACAUCCAACCCAAGGACAGUGGCGGUGGAGCUGGGGAGACCCGGGAGGCCAGCGUCCAGCGACUGGCCGCUGAGAUGCUGGAGAAGCUCCCGCCUGACUACGUGCCACACGAGGUGAAAAGUCACCUGCAGAAGAUGGGUCCAUUUCAGCCGAUGAACAUCUUCUUGCGUCAGGAGUUGGACCGCAUGCAGCGCGUCCUCAGCAUUGUACGGAGCACGCUCACUGACCUCAACCUGGCCAUCGAUGGCACCAUCAUAAUGUCGGAAGAUCUGCGGGACGCGCUGGACUGCAUGUUUGACGCUCGCAUCCCUCGCCUGUGGCUGCGGCUCAGCUGGCCCUCAGCCACGCUGGGCUUCUGGUUCACCGAGCUGCUGGAGAGGAACCAGCAGCUCAGCAUCUGGAUCAGCACCGGACGACCAAACCAGUUCUGGCUCACUGGGUUCUUUAACCCGCAGGGUUUUCUAACCGCCAUGCGUCAGGAGACGACACGCGCCAACCUGUCGAAGGGCUGGGUCCUGGACACCGUCACCCUUAGCAACGACGUCACCAGGAUGAUGAGGGAGGAUGUGUCGGCCCCGCCCCCAGAGGAGGUGGGCGGAGUCUACAUUUAUGGUCUGUUUCUGGAUGGGGCGGGAUGGGACCGGCGAGGUGCCAAGCUCACAGAGGCUCCAGCCAAGGUUCUGUUCACGCCUCUGCCUGUGGUGCACGUCUACGCCGUCAGCUCAGCCAGUGCAGCCGAUGCUAAACGUCCAGCGGCUGCAGGGGCAGCUCACCUGUACUCGUGUCCCGUCUACAAGAAGCCGCGGCGCACCGACCUGAACUUCAUCUUCUCUCUGCAGCUGAGGACGACGCGAGCUGCAGAUCACUGGACCCUCAGAGGCGCUGCUCUGCUCUGCGACUGCAAAUGAUCCGCGACUGUGAGUGAAGACCGUGACCUCAGGCGCUUCUGUAUCUACUGCUUUGGAUUAUUUGUUUGUAGGAUUUUUUUGGAUUAUUUGUUCAAAUGUUCAUUCUGCAGAAAAAAACAUGUAAGGACUUAAUGUUUGUUAGAAUAAAACUAGUGCAACAACUUUAAUGAUGUUUAAUUUUUUUAGUUUAAACUUAGGUCUUUGUAAUUCAAGUAAAAUGUCUAAAGGCCCCAGAAGCCCGACGGCAGCGAGUGGUGGACAAGAAGAGCAGACGUCACUUUGCUUCCGCGUGAUUCAAGUAAACU